CUGUUAGAUCUGCAGACUAGCCCAUGAAAGUGCAGGCCAUAACAUUUCUGUUAGAAAUCAUUUCGUAUUGACGUCAUGUGAUAUUCUGAGAAGUGGAAUUUCGCGUUUUUAUUAGCUGUAAACCAUGGUCAUCAAAAUUCACAGAAAUUAAACGCGUGAAAUAUAUCAUUUUGAUUAUACUUGGAUUAUCCAUGGGGAUGCAUUUGUUGCAUAUGUUCCGUCUGUGUUAAAAGAAUCGGUUCUCAUUGUUUACAUUAAAGAACCGGCCCGUUGAGCCGGCUCGGCAUCGGACAACACAUCAGUAUUUCAGUGGUAGGGGAGGCAGCUCUCCAUGUUGCGGCGCUGCGUGGCAGUGGGUACCGAUCUGCCGCUUGCUGGCUGGCCUCAAAACACACGCGUGGUUUUAGUAGUGAAUGGCCUCCACACUUGGCACAUACGUUGGGCGAGAAGCAGCCGUGAGUCCCGGACGAAGCUACCCGCUGCAGAGCGACUUUUCGCCCCGUCUUACACCCAGGAGAACAAGGCGGGGGAUCGCUCCUGUGACCGGGGCUGGAUGUGGUCGCUUUGAUCGGUGCAGUUAUUCACAGAGUCAGUCGCCUGGCUGUUUCGGAGCGAUUGGACACGGACAGAGGAACCGCUCGGAGCGCUGCAGCAGCAGCAGCAACAACACGGGAGCCGUGAAUGUAAUGCGAGAGCUGGACAGAAAAACGCAGCUUUAAGUCUAGAGAAGUGAAUUGUGGAGCGUCUCUUCUGGAGUAGGAUUUCAGUUCAGCCCUGUCAAAUGUAGCGCUUCACUGCUCCCAAAGCUGGAUUUGUUGUCUACUCAAGGUUUCUUUCUGUAGUUGGACAUCCGCUGCUGCAGUCAUGUUUAGGAACAGCUUGAAGAUGCUGCUGACGGGGGGGAAGGCCAACCGCAAGAGUCGCAGCAGCGAUGGUGGGAGCGAUGAUUUUGGAGACCCCCGCUUGCCAAGUUUGGAUCCUCAUCUGAGCCACAUUGGCCAAGGUGGCAGCAUAGACAGUGACUGUGCCUUUGAGGGAGACUACGCUGUGCCCCCGCUCUCCAUGACCGAGGGCAUGCAGCACAUUCGCAUCAUGGAGGGCGUGUCGCGCUCUCUGCCCUCCUCCCCACUGCUCGCCCACCAGGCCAUCGGUGUCCGGCUGCAGCCGCUGAAGAAGCUCACAGCCCCACUGCGGAAAGCAAAGUUUGUGGAGAGCCCUCGCAUUCCACAAUCACAGGUUGGCUCCCCUACACACACCUCUGCUACUGCCAAGAAUACAGACCUGGACACAUACUGCCCUGGGGAGUCAAGCCAUGAGCUGGGACCCCCUCCGUCAGUGGAUGAGGCAGCCAACACAUUGAUGACGCGGCUGGGCUUCCUUCUGGGAGACAAAGUGAGUGAGGGGCCAGCUGGUACUCAGUACAGCAUGGAGGAACCCGAGGCAAGACAGGGCCAGAACCAGAGGAUCAGCCCCUGCUCCACCUUGACCAGCAGCACUGCCUCUCCGCCUGCAGGCAGCCCCUGCUCCACCCUCCCCACCGCCAUGCCGGGCCAGGCCGGCCACAGGGACUGUGCCUAUGGUUCUGUCACCAGCCCCACCUCAACACUGGAGAGCAGAGACAGCGGGAUUAUAGCUACUCUGACGAGCUACUCUGAGAAUAUGGAGCGAGGUGGCAAAUACAGUGAGGGCUCACGAGGGAACCUGAAGCUGUGGCAGUCCCAGAAAUCAGGCAUGGACUCAUUCCUGUACAGGGUGGAUGAAAACAUGACCGCCUCCACCUUCAGCCUGAACAAAAUCCCUGAGCGCAACUUGGAGAGCAUGUCCUCCCAUUCUGCCCACUCCAUCCCUUUGUACCUCAUGCCCCGUCCCAAUUCUGUGGCUGCUACAAGUUCGGCCCACCUAGAGGACCUGGCGUACCUGGAUGAUCAGAGGCACACUCCAUUACGCACCUCGCUGCGCAUGCCGAGGCAGAGCACCACCUGCGGGCCGGGUCGCUCCGGGCAGGACCUGAGAGCUUCUGCAAAUAACACCCAUGCCUGGCAAUCUCAAUCACUGCGUUUUGCACCUUAUCGGCCUCAGGACAUCGCUCUCAAACCUCUGCUGUUCGAGGUACCCAGCAUUACCAUGGACUCCGUCUUCACGGGACGUGAGUGGCUUUUCCAAGAAAUCGACGGCCACCUUAACAACCCCAAUGGAGGUAGCAACCAUGGCGUUGUGAUUGUGGGCAACAUCGGCUUUGGCAAGACAGCGAUCAUCUCCCGGCUGGUGGCGCUGAGCUGCCACGGCACCCGCAUGAGGCAGAUAGCCUCUGACAGCCCCCAGGCCUCACCCAAACAUGGAGAGGGGCUCCCUCUCACACAGCCCCAGCCCACACAUGGCACCCUAGGAGGAGGCAGCUGUCCUGGAACUCCUGAAAUGAGGCGACGUCAGGAAGAAUCCAUGAGGAGGCUGGCGUCACAGGUGGUGGCCUACCACUAUUGCCAGGCAGAUAACGCCUACACCUGCUUGGUGCCAGAGUUUGUGCACAAUGUUGCGGCUUUGUUGUGUCGCUCGCCACACCUGGUCGCCUACAGAGAGCAGCUGCUGAGGGAGCCACACCUACAGAGUGUCCUGAGUCUGCGCUCCUGCGUCCAGGACCCCCUGGCUUCCUUCAGGAGGGGGGUCCUGGAGCCUCUGGAUGCACUUUACAAAGAGAGAAAAAUCAACUCCGAGGAGGACCUCAUUAUUCUCAUCGACGGCCUCAAUGAGGCUGAGUUCCACAAGCCGGACUAUGGAGACACCGUUGUGUCCUUCCUCACCAAAACCAUUCACAAGUUCCCUCCCUGGCUCAAACUAGUGGUGACAGUCAGAACAACAUUACAGGAGAUCACCAACGCGCUGCCAUUUCACCGCAUCUCCCUGGACAGCCUGGAGGAGAACGACGCAAUAGACCAGGACCUGCAGGGCUACAUCCUGCACCGCAUCCACAGCAGCCCGGAGAUCCAGAACAACAUUUCGCUUAACGGCAAGAUGGACAACACCACCUUUGGCAAGCUCAGUGGCCAUCUGAAGGCCUUGAGCCAGGGGUCCUACCUAUACCUCAAACUCACCUUUGACCUCAUUGAGAAGGGCUACCUUGUUCUCAAAAGCUCCAGCUAUAAGGUGGUUCCAGUAAACCUGGCGGAGGUGUAUCUGCUGCAGUGCAACAUGCGUUUCCCUACACAGUCGUCAUUCGAGCGGGCGCUGCCCCUUCUCAAUGUGGCCGUGGCAUCGCUCCAUCCACUGACGGACGAACAGAUAUACCAGGCCAUCAAUGCUGGUUCUCUGCAGGGCACACUGGACUGGGAAGACUUUCAGCAACGUGUAGACAACCUGUCAGUCUUCCUCGUGAAGAGGAGGGACGGCACCAGGAUGUUUGUUCACCCCUCCUUCAGGGAGUGGCUGAUCUGGAGAGAAGAGGGAGAAAAGACAAAGUUCCUUUGCGACCCAAGGAGUGGACACACCCUGCUGGCCUUCUGGUUUUCUCGCCUGCAGAACAAGUUGAACAGACAGCAGACGAUCGAGCUGGGCCAUCACAUCCUCAAAGCACAUAUCUUCAAGGGUCUCAGCAAGAAAGUCGGAGUCUCCUCGUCCAUCUUGCAAGGUUUGUGGAUAUCCUACAGCACAGAAGGUCUUUCCGCAGCGCUCUCAUCACUCAGAAAUCUAUACACUCCCAACAUUAAGGUGAGUCGGCUUCUGAUGUUGGGUGGCGCCAAUGUGAACUAUCGCACAGAGGUGCUGAACAACGCCCCCAUCCUCUGCGUCCAUUCCCAUUUGGGCUACAUGGACAUGGUGGCUCUGCUGCUUGAGUUUGGUGCCUUCGUGGAUGCACAGUCGGAAAAUGGCCUCACGCCGCUUGCCUACGCCGCUGCUGGCGGCCACAUGGCCAUUGUCACUGUACUUUGUCGGAAGAAAGCAAAGGUGGACCACCUGGACAAGAAUGGCCAGUGCGCCCUGGUUCACGCGGCCCUGAGGGGCCACAUGGAGGUGGCGAAAUUCCUCAUCCAGUGUGACUGGAACAUGGGCUCACAGCAGCAACAGCAGUCGCCGCAGACACAACAACAGGGGGCUUUCACCAAGAGCCAAGCAGUCCAGCAGGCGCUGGUCGCUGCUGCCAGCAUGGGCUACACAGAGAUUGUUUCCUACCUGCUGGACCUGCCAGAGAAAGAUGAAGAGGAAGUAGAGCGUGCUCAGAUCAAUAACUUUGACACCCUGUGGGGAGAGACAGCUUUGACUGCAGCCUCUGGUCGCGGGAAGCUGGAGGUUUGCCGCCUCUUAUUGGAGCAGGGUGCCGCUGUGGCUCAGCCCAACAGACGAGGCAUUGUUCCACUAUUCAGCGCUGUCAGACACGGACAUUGGCAGAUUGUAGACCUCCUCCUCACUCAUGGAGCUGACAUCAACAUGGCCGAUAAGCAGGGUCGUACGCCUCUAAUGAUGGCCGCCUCAGAGGGACAUUUGGGAACGGUUGAGUUUUUACUCUCUCAAGGAGCUUCUCUGUCUCUGAUGGAUAAGGAGGGUCUGACUGCUCUAAGCUGGGCCUGUCUGAAAGGACAUUUAGCUGUUGUCCGCUACCUGGUGGAGAGCGGCGCCGCAACUGACCACACAGACAAGAACGGACGCACGCCCCUCGACCUGGCAGCCUUCUAUGGCGACUCUGAUGUGGUCCAGUUCUUGGUUGACCAUGGGGCCAUGAUAGAGCACGUUGACUACAGUGGAAUGCGUCCUCUGGACCGAGCAGUGGGCUGCAGAAACACCUCGGUGGUGGUCGCCCUGCUCAAGAAAGGAGCCAAGAUUGGAUGUCAGACGCUGCCCAGUCGGCCCCGAGGUCCAGCCACGUGGGCCAUGGCCACCUCCAAACCCGACAUCAUGAUCAUCUUACUCAGCAAACUCAUCGAGGAGGGGGACAGCUUCUACAAGAAGGGGAAGGUGAAGGAGGCUACUCAACGUUACCAGUAUGCUCUCAAAAAGUUUCCACGUGAAGGCUUUAGUGAGGACCUCAAGACAUUCAGGGAACUCAAAGUAUCGCUGUUCCUCAACCUGUCCCGAUGUCGGAGAAAAAUGAAUGACUUUGGGAUGGCUGAGGAAUUUGCUACCAAGGCACUUGAACUGAAACCAAAAUCAUAUGAGGCUUAUUAUGCCAGAGCACGUGCCAAACGUAGCAGCAGACAAUUUCCUGAAGCCUUAGAGGACCUGAAUGAAGCCAUAAAGCUAUGCCCCAAUAACAGAGAAAUUCAGCGGCUACUCCAGAGGGUGGAGGAGGAAUGCCUUCAGCUCAACCAGGAAGAACACCACCGGCAGGACCUUGAGUUGGAGCCUCCACCCUCUCCACCCCCAACACCUCCCCCAGAGGAGGAGGAGUCCUUGUCCCUGUCCAUGCCUCUUCCACCUCCUCCUGAGCCCCGGCUGGAGGACAUGGAGCCCGUCCAGGACCUAUUUGAGGAUGAGGACUACCUGGAGCAGGAGCUGGAGGCCAUGUCAUUGGUACUGCCACCUCCAGAUUCUCUCACCAAUCCGUCAAGUCUUCCUGUCAUACAGAGCCCACCCCUCUCUCCCACACACCCAGAUCAGAUCUAUCUAGCUGGGGGUUCACCCAUGGGCCAGCCUUAUGAAUACCUCCCCACCUCCUCCUCCAUGUCCUCCCCCACUCGAGGUUCAUACCAGCCCCCAUCGCCCUCUCUUUCUCCAACACAUCAAAACUCCCACUACAGACACAGCCCCCCUCACACUUCCCCAGUUCAUCAACAGUCGUAUCGCUUUAGCCCUCCUCCAAUGGGCAGCGGCGGUCAGGGGAUGGAUCAUCAGAGCCCUCCCCCUUCCCCUUUACGUCGGGCAGCUCAGUACAGAGCUAGUCCACCGUUGGAAAGUGUUUGCUUGUACAGGUCCCAGUCUGGGUCUCCUGUGCGCUACCAGACAGAGCAGCUGCCUGGCCGACCCAAAUCCCCCCUUUCCAAAAUGAGCAGCCAGCGUUCAUUCCAGCUGACCUCACAACCAUCUCUAGCUUCUCAGCAUCACCAAGCCCAAGGCCUUCGCCUCCAACCCUCUAUCGCCCAAAUCGUCCGCACAAACCAGCCCAACGUUUUGGGCAACAGCUUUAGUGGUCCGAUGGGACACUCCAUUGGUGGUCGCUAUCAGGGGGGCUCAGUGGACGUGGAGAGCCGCCUGGUGUACCAGCCGUCCUUGGAUGGGCGGUCCAUGCCCCAGGUCCAGGCCAGCCUGAGUUCUGGGGCCCUCUGUCAGCACGGCGGCCGAGGAGGGGUCAUGGAGUCGAACCUGUUGAAAGAUGAGCUACCCCAGCGCCCCUCCUCUGCCUACCGCGCCAGCAGCGGGGGCCCGGCGGGCAUCCGUUACAGCCAGACACCUCAGAUAAGCCGCAGCCAGUCUGCCGCCUACUAUCCAGUCGCUGAACAUGUACUGGAGCGUGCCAACGCCAUGCCUCCCUGUCAACUGGGCUCUCCUGAGAUCCCCCACAUGGUGAGACGCCCCGUGAGUGCCAAUACUACUGAGAUGAAACAGCAUGUGCCCACCCCCAGGCCUCUCAUCCAUUCUCAGAGUGUAGGCCUGCGAUUCUCCCCCUCUAGCAACAACAUCUCAGCUGGAUCCACUUCCAACUUAGCCCAGGCCUUCAGGCCAUCUGCAUCCAUUCAGCAGAUGGAGAUACCCUUGCAAGCAACAUAUGAGCGCACCUGUGAUGACAUCUCCCCGAUCUCUCCCUCCCAGAGCGGCGGUUUAUAUCAGGGUGAAACCACCCGUUCCAGGAAUACGCCUUUCAUGGGGAUCAUAGACAAGACAGCUCGGACUCAACAGUACCUGCAUCAGCCCGGACGGUCCAGGCCCAUGACCUCUAUGGAUUCUGCUAUUAGCCCGACCUCCCCUGGGCAGCUAGUCCAGCAGGGUUCCACCUACAGUCCUCCAGCUUCUCUGGGCAACAUUGCCUACUACAACAAGACCAACAAUGCCCAAAAUGGACACCUGUUGGAGGAGGACUACUACUCCCAGACCCAGCCCUCCUCGCUGGGUAAACUGGCCAAUGGUUCCCGCGGCAGUGAUAUUCUGGAACGGGUCAGCCAAGUGCCCACGUACCCCGAUGUGAAGGUGGCGAGGACUCUGCCAGUGGCACAGGCCUACCAGGACAACAUGUACCGCCAGCUGUCACGUGACUCCCGGAAUCAGGGCCCCACUUCCCCCAUCAAACCAAAGAGACCAUUUGUGGAGUCGAAUGUGUGAGUGGACAGUUUGGACUUGGUGCGUCAGUGGAAGAGAGGGUGGGAAAAUAUUCAUCUAAAAGAAAAAAAACACAAAUGUGACAUGUAAUCUGUGUAUGUGUCAUGUGCAAACUCAUGCAAAAGAACUCAUAGGAGACAACUCCAGUCAAAGAGAGAAAACUACAUUUAGGCAUUUAGACGCAAUCCUAUAUUGAAAAAACAUAACUGAUACUGAAAUUAUAAUUUCAUCAUCAUAAUCUGCACACAGGCUGAACAACAGAAAGCUUCUGAGUUCUCAUCUCAUUCUUCAACCAGUGCACUUCCAAGACUUAGAGUGGCACAAAGAGACCACAAGUGACCACCCCAAAUGGGACUGGAAGAGUGAUCGUGCUCUUCAUCAGACUGUGCUCGUGGACUCUCUGCUCAUCUUCUGUUCUCUCAAAGUGUGCUCUUAACCAAGGUUGCUGUGUAGGCUCUAUUCUAUGUACUACAAUAUUAUCUGUUCAAUACUGUACAUUGCUCCGAAAAAGCAAAUGGCUCUAUGACUCAAUACUUAGAGAAAAAUGACAAUAUUUAUAAUUAAGUUAUAUAUUGUACAUAGAAAAUAAAACAAAAAAUAGUUUGCAUUUUGAAUUUUAUUUUGUUAGCCCUGCUACUGUGUCAAACUGCUAGUCAUGAGGAAGUGGAAAAAAUAAGGGACAGGCAAGCUUUGAUACAUUUAUGCCAAAAUAAAAAAAAAUAAAAAAAACGUUUUGUUUUGUAAGAUGCAAGCGACUGCAAUAAAUUACAAAUUAUUUAGGAUGACGUUUUUGAUUUAUUCUCGGAGAACGGUCCUAAUACGAUCAGAUUACAGACAGCAUAUUUUCCAUUCUGGCUGAAACACCAAACAUUUUUAUGUUUUUAUUUUCAUUCAAAGGUAAUGUCAAUAUUUUCCCAAAAAUAAAUUGCUGCAACUUCUGUGUGGAUUUUAGUUUGCUAAAAACUGGUUAAAGUUAAAAAAAUCCAAAUUUAAAUUUCUACUUAGCAUCAUAUUUCUUAUAAUGGGUGUAGAAAGGUACAUUAAGUAUCUUGUUAAAUACCUAAUUAUUGUAUUGUUAAAAAAAUAAGCUCAUUAUUAAUGAUUUUCAAACCAUUCAACAUUUAAAGUGGCAUCUUGCAUUAUUCAACUUAAAAACAAAAUAUGUUUUUUAGGGAAAAUAAAAAAAAAUAAACAGGUGCAAUAAUCUGGUUGCAUAUGUGUGAACACCCUUAAAAUGAUGCUGUGCUGAAGCUUUUUUCUUAAUUACUGGACAGUUUUUAGUCUUCUUGGUAUUAGCCAAUUCUAAAAGUUAUCUAAAACUGUGAGACUUUGAGAAAACCUCUUGUUCACAGUUCCUAUCUGGUGACCCCACACAGUUUCUGUCAGAUUUAGUUUUGGAUUCUGGCUAGGCCGGUUUCAACACUUUACUUUUGAACUCACUGAGAUGUUGAAAAUCGAAAUUUAUCUUCAGGUUUCUACCAAACAUCUAAAGACUUUGAGUCAAAACUGACAGGCAUUUAAUAAGGAGAUUUAUUUGUCAUUGUACAACAAACUUUUGGCAUAACAUAACUAUAGUAACGACGAAAAAAAACAACAGUGCCUAGCCACUGCCUGCUUGUGCACCACAAUGAUAAUGAAAUUGGGACGGUUCAUAAUUUCAUCCACCCUCCCAGAAAAUCUCCAGUUCCAGCUGAAGAGAUGCAACCCAACAGAAACAUUGUGGCCCCAAGUUUGUUUCAUUAUACCAUAACAUAAUCUCCUUGAAGGAAACCAUGUUUUACAUCUGACUGGAAUUAAUAUAAAUGUUUUGCCCAGUCAGAGUCUUGACUUAAAUCUGAUAGAGCAUCCAUUGAGUGAACUAAAUAUUAGGGUGAUGGUAAGGAGGCCUUCCGACCUCAAAGACUGGAAGCACACCACCAAAGAUAAGCCAUGAAAAUACCAAUGGAAACAUGCAAAUUCUAGUCAGCAAUUAUAAGGCUUUAUUUGCUGUAAUGACAAUAAGGAUUUUUACCUUGAUUAUGGCUGCACAAUGGCACAGUUGAUAGCACUGUUGCCUUGCGGCAAGAAAGUCCUGGGUUCGACUCCUGGCUGGGGGUCUUUCUGCAUGGAGUUUGCAUGUUCUCCCCUUGUAUGCGUGGGUUCUCUCCAGGUACUCCAGCUUCCUCACACAGUCCAAAAACAUGAUGGUUAGGUUGUGCAUGGUUGUUUGUCCUGUGUCUGUGUUGCCCUGUGAUGAACUGGUGACCUGUCCAGGGUGGACCCUGCCUCCCCACCAAUACACUGCUUUAGAUAGGCACCAGCUUCCCUGUGACCCACUAUGGAAGAAGUGGUAGAAAAUGACUGACUCUUCUU